AUGAACGAAUUUAUUGUAGCUCCUCAAGAGACCGCGACGACGGUUGUCCAAACACAAACAUUAACAAUGCCGCCCCGAACCAGAGUCAAGAGGGAUGCCCAUAGCCAAGCUGACGAUAGCAGGCCAACAAUGGCAGAUUUGCAAGGCGACAGCGACAGUGCAUUUGCGCAGCUGGCGCAAAAGCACUGGUUGAAGAGCUCGAAGAAAACCACGAAAGUCAAAGUUAAACCGGAUGUUCUGAAGAGAGAUAUAUGGGAUGUCUUGCAGCAGGAUGAUUUUGCUUUUAAAUCCCUUCUAGCUUUGGAGAAUAUGCAGAUUCUGGAGAACUAUCUUUGGCCAGGCUACUCCGAGGACUCGUCCAAUUUCCACGUCAUACUCAUUGCAUUGAUAUCGAAUGUCAAGACUCGGGAGCAUUUGCCAACAUGGGCAAUAUUUACGGACAACCACUCCGAGUUCUCCAGCAUGUUUCGGCGAAUACUUUCGAUGACGCUGGACACUACGCUCUCUCCUACGAUCCGCACCCAUCUUCUCACUUUUAUAAUUAGCGCGUUCCAAUCGCUUGAUAGCGGAAUCGUGAGGAAAGAAUGCGCUCCAUUGGUUGGUAUUUCCAUAUGGCAUAACAUAUCGAGCGAAAAGAAGCGGGAGCGAAAGCUAGAACAAAGUGUGCAGUUAAGGAAGGCUUGGAGAGCUGCGGCGAAACGCUAUGAUGCUGCCGAUGAUACAGUAAAGGCUCGACUGCGAUUUGAACGUUCUUGGCUCUUUACUCUGGUAUUGGAUUUUUUCAAUCAACUUUAUAAUGAUAAGAGAAAGCCAGAAAAUGUUCUCUACUGCGAGCGCUUUAUCGAAUUUUUGUCAGAUCUGCAAAGUCAGCUACCAACAAGGAGAUACGUCAACACACUCCUGCAAGAUUUAAAUACACUGCCGGCGAUUCGAAUGUCUCCAACCUUCGACGACGAUGACAAUGACCUGCUAAGAGAUUUAUACACUUUGCUGAAGCAUUAUACGUACUUCUCUAUCGACGAUUACACAGGGAUUCAAUACACCGCUACCGAGGCAUAUGAGCGCCAUUGUGCUACGUUAGCCACCUUGCAACGAGAUGCGCUUAAACACUACAAAGACAAGCUAACCGUUCUUGCUCUGUCGAACUAUGGAUCAAUUGACAAGCGGCCCGAGCUUGAGGACCAUCUGAAUGCACUCACUGAUGCCGAAAUCCCCGAGUUAUGUAGUCUGCUCGACUUCCGUACAUCUUAUCCGUCCUCUACGACAGUGGUGACAGAUCGUUCAUUCCUUACCGAAGUCCUAUUAUCUGGGCAUGAGAAGAGGAAAACCUUCCAGGAAACAGCACGUGAGCUUAGUGUGCUGCCGACUGAGUUAACGCUGUUUGAGCCUGCACUUCUGAGAAACGAUAACUAUGAUGGUUCACGGCCACUCGCAAUACCCAAGCUUAAUCUACAGUACCUCACAGUUGGCGAUUUCCUGUGGAGAUCGUUUAUUCUCCACCGCUGCGAAUCAUUUUAUGAGGUUAGGAAGCAUGUUGAAGACACAAUCAAACGUCUAAGGCCUGUGAUGGGCCGAAAUGGCCAGACAAGUUUUGAGGGGUUCUCGAGGAUGGCUUUACCCACCAGUAAACCUGCUAUAAUGGAAGUAGUCCCACCACGAGUCGGCGACGACAAACCUUCAGUUGUCCGUGCCGAGAUAACCCUAGAUGUCAGUCGACUAGCGGAUAACAUCCGACGAGAAUGGGAGACCUUCCGUCAGGAUGAUGUAAUUUUUCUGCUGGCUGUCGAAGCUCCAGAUGACUCGAGAAUGGUUACCAAUGGCGGCAGUACCUCGUCCGAUGCCCAAAGGAUAGGAUUAAAGUACCUUCGAACUGCUGAGGUUACCCAAGUGCUAGAUGAUAGAGGUCGCGUACUGCGGGCUCAAGACAACCAAACCAAUGCACAUGGGCGUCCUAGAGCCAGGAGACUGCAACUGAAACUUGAUGCAGCCAUGUAUAAAGAGGAUAUGGACCGGGUAGCUCAUGGCCAGCCAAACAUCUACGAAAGCUUGAAUGUGAUUGUUCGCCGAAGAGGGAGGGAAAAUAAUUUCAAGCCUAUUCUAGAGUCCAUCCGCAGCCUAACCUUAUCCGACGUCCCUCUAGCCUCCUGGCUCCACGAAGUUUUCCUGGGCUAUGGCGACCCGGCCGGAGCUACUUACCCCAAUUUAUCGAAUCGAAUCGACAAGAUCGACUAUCGAGAUACUUUUCUUGACUGGCAACACUUGAUUCAGAGCUUACCUGGCAAGAUGAUUGUCCCAAGUGACGAUGUGGAUGGUAGUUUUGGACCUCCUUAUGUGCUCGAAACAAAGGCCAAGGUAGCCGAUGCUCCUGCAAAACAGUCAAAGAAGAGGCGUCGAGAUGCCGAGCCAGCUCCAGAGGCAGAGCCCCAGUCUAUAGAGGUCUCGACCUAUAAACCCCCAAAUACAGGGCCUUAUCCGACUGAUGCUCCGAAACUCAAUCGCGUUCGAUUCACACCAACCCAGGUCAAUGCCAUCAUUUCCGGCACACAGCCUGGGUUAACCGUCAUCGUUGGCCCUCCUGGAACGGGAAAGACUGAUGUCGCCACGCAGAUUAUCAACAAUAUAUACCACAACUUCCCAGAACAACGUACACUUUUAAUCGCUCACAGUAACCAGGCUCUCAAUCAACUAUUCCAAAAGAUAGUAGCUCUAGAUAUCGACGAGCGCCAUCUUCUUCGGCUCGGCCACGGCGAGGAGGAGUUGGAUACUGAAUCCGAUUUUAGCAAACAUGGGAGGGUGGAGUCCCUCUUGGAAAAUGCCUACACCUACCUCAGAGAGGUUGAUAGGCUCGCAGCAUGUUUAGGGGCCCCUGGGGCUCACGGCGGUUCUGCCGAAACAGCUGGCUAUUUCAACUCUGUCUACAUAGAACCUGCGUGGGCGAGAUUUGAAGAAGUUGCCAGCUCUCCAGAGUCAACGGUACAAUCUAUUACCGAAGCCUUCCCAUUCCAUGACUACUUCUCCAAAGCUCCCCAACCCCUUAUCCCAGCCAAUGCCGACAAGGACACGAUAUUGGAUAUUGCCAAUGGCUGUUACCAUCACAUUUCGAAGAUAUUUACAGAACUGGCGGAUGUCCGGCCUUUCGAGAUUUUGCGACGUGAUCGCGACAGGUCAAAUUAUCUCCUCACAAAUGAAGCCCGGAUCAUUGCUAUGACAUCCACACACGCAGCGAUGCGAAGACAGGAGAUAUCCUCUCUCGGCUUCCAUUACGACAACGUGGUGAUGGAAGAGGCAGCUCAAAUUACUGAGAUUGAGAACUUCAUCCCUCUUGCACUACAGAAACCCAGGAAUGGCGAGAUGCAAUUGCAACGGGUGGUUCUUUGUGGUGACCACUUUCAGAACUCUCCCGUCAUUCAGAAUCUUGCAUUCCGACAAUACGCAAACUUGGAACAAUCCCUCUUCUCUCGACUUGUUCGCCUUGGUGUGCCGACAAUCACUCUAGACCAGCAAGGUCGGGCCCGAGCUUCAAUAGCCUCGCUGUAUUCAUGGAGAUAUCAGAAUCUUGGCAACCUGCCCGCUGUUCUGUCUACCCCAGAGUUCCAAACCGCCAAUGCUGGCUUUAAAUACGAUUAUCAAUUUAUUCAAGUCAAUGAUUACAAAGGCAAAGGCGAAUCGGAACCUACUCCUCAUUUCAUUCAAAAUCUAGGAGAAGCAGAAUAUGCUGUGGCUAUUUUCCAAUACAUGCGCCUUCUUGGGUACCCAGCUUCAAAGAUAUCCAUACUAGCUACGUAUGCCGGUCAACGUGCUUUGAUCAGAGACGUUUUGGAACACAGAUGUGCCAAAAAUCCGCUUUUCGGUCUUCCGAAGAUUGUCACCACAGUCGACAAAUACCAGGGCGAGCAAAAUGACUAUGUCAUUCUCUCCCUCACCCGGACAUCCCGCGUUGGCUAUCUGCGUGAUAUUCGCCGUCUUACUGUAGCGCUUUCCCGAGCUCGACUUGGUUUAUACAUCCUCGGGCGACGUGAAGUCUUCGAAUCAUGUUUCGAACUGCGCCAGGCAUUCGAUAUUCUUCUGCAGCGACCUGAUAAGCUGAUGCUCGCCACUGGAGAAUUAUGGCCAAGUAGCAGGAUAUUGGAAGAUGAAGAGGGCAAAGAUGUGCCUGGAGAGACUCAAAUGGAGAACGUGGAGCAUUUGGGUCAAUACGUGUUUGAGAUGACGAACGCGAAGGUUCAGCAACUAAGAGCUCAGAGAGGGCUGCCGGAAGCUGAGCUUCAGGUAGUACCUAUGCAAGAGGACGACGUGGCGUUAGCCCGUGUGGAUGAAGAAGAUGAGGAGCUUCAAGAGGAGAUUCAUGAGGGUUUUGAAGCGGAAGAGCCUCAGGAGGAAAUGAAUGGGGAUGUCGAAGCCGAGAAGUAG